CACCUGCCGAGGCCGGGCGGCCGCCGCGGCGCGGGUGCGGAGCGCAGGGCGGCGGCGGCGGCGGGAGCCGGGCGGCUGCGGCGGGCUCGGGGCGGGCUGGGUCCGGGCUGGGUCCGCGCCCGGCGCCGCCGCCGCUGCGCCCUCCCGGCUGCGAGUCCGCCCGGCUCCGGAUCACGUGGCGGUUGCCGGAGGCAGAGACUAGAGAGGAGAGAAAAAAAAAAAGCGCCUCAUUCCUUCUUCCACCGCCAUACUGUAUUUUAUAGUAACUCUCAUUUUUAUUCCUCCCUUUUACUCCCGCUCGAGUUAAAGCCAAGUGAUCCAACCAUGACCGGCAAAACACAGACCAGCAACGUCACCAAUAAGAACGACCCAAAGUCCAUCAACUCCAGAGUCUUCAUCGGCAAUCUGAACACAGCCAUUGUCAAAAAAGGCGACAUUGAAGCAAUCUUUGCAAAGUAUGGGAAAAUAGUUGGCUGCUCAGUGCACAAAGGUUAUGCGUUUGUACAGUACAUGAGCGAGAGGCACGCGAGGGCUGCAGUGGCAGGAGAGAAUGCCAGGAUCAUCGCAGGGCAGCCACUAGAUAUCAACAUGGCAGGAGAACCAAAACCAUACAGACCAAAACCUGGCAACAAGCGGCCACUUUCAGCACUUUACAGACUUGAAUCAAAGGAGCCUUUCCUGUCCGUUGGUGGUUAUGUCUUUGAUUAUGAUUACUACAGAGAUGAUUUCUACAAUCGGUUGUUUGAUUACCACGGCCGUGUCCCCCCACCACCCCGUGCAGUGAUUCCACUGAAGCGUCCUCGUGUGGCUGUGACAACAACUCGCAGAGGCAAAGGGGUUUUCUCCAUGAAAGGAGCAUCACGAUCCACCUCAAGUGGGGCUUCUUCCUCAGGAUCCAAAUCACCCACCUGUCUUCCCCUGCCCCUUAUGUGGAGUGAUACUGUCCUUGGAAGCGUCACUGGAAGAGGAAGAGAAAGAUCAGUGAAAUCAGAUGAGUUGCAAACAAUCAAGAAGGAAUUAACCCAAAUCAAAACAAAAAUUGACUCCUUGCUAGGGAGACUGGAAAAGAUCGAAAAGCAGCAAAAAGCUGAAGCAGAAGCUCAAAAGAAACAAAUGGAAGAUAAUGCUGAUUUGAUUCAAGAGGAAUGCAUAUCAGAGAAUGCAGAUAACUCUACAGAAGAGCCAAUUGAAGGAGGGCCAGAUGCAGAUGGGGAUGGAGAAGAGAUGACUGAUGGGAUAGAGGAGGAUUUUGAUGAGGAUGGCAGCAAUGAGCUGUUUCUACAGAUCAAGUGAUGAGAUGUCACGUGUGAACCCCCUGAAGGCUUAGAAGAGAAACUCUGACUUCCCCACAGAAAAUUGUGAACUGCAGUUUCUUACUGGCUAGCAACACCUUUGAUUCAAUUUGUAUGAAAAUUCAAUUUACUUAUUAAAAUGGACGUUAUUGUUCAAAUAUUAGAAAUUCCAUUUCUUAUAUGUUCUAAGCUGUACAAUUGUCAGAUUUUUAUGGUUUAGAUUGUAAAUGUGUUUUUCUCUGGCUAAUUAUUGGUAUUAUUUUUUUAAUUUUGAUGUCUUAAAGGCCAAUGUACUGUAUCAUAAUAAUAUGAAGGACAUAUUUAACAGGUGUGGGAAACACUGUAUACAAAUGUAUAUUUCUAAAAGCUAUUUUUAUGAUUAGCAUGUUUUACUGUUUUACCAUAUUUAGAGUCAGGUGAUAUUGCCCUUCUUUGUUUACAGCUUAAUUCAAACAAGAUCGUUAUGAUCAGUGUCACAAUUAAAUACAUUGUAUGGUAUUUUCCAUUAUUUUAUUUAUUGUAUUCAUCAUUUUAAAGAACUAUGUUUACUAAUAGGGAUAGCUGCUAAAAAGUGAAAAUGUCAAAAUAAGAGAGCAAUCCUCGAUAAGCUGUAAAUUGGAUCCUCUUGUAAAUCCCUUCCUUCAGAUAAGUACCCUCUGCGAUGCCAUUCAUCAGACAGUUGUUACAGCUGUUCCUGCAAGUUUCUAAAGGCAGUUUGUUGUUACCAUAUGGAAAGGUUACGUGACAGUCAGUCUCCUGUCUAGCCAGGUAAAUUACUUAUAGACUGCCAAUAUCUGACAACCUGAGUUAGCCUACUAAUUACUUUUUGGUUUAUUUUCUAGCAGCAGUCUUUCCACUCCUGAACCCCUAAAGCCCUCCUAAAAGCCUGCAAUUGGAAUAAUUAAUUAUUACAGAUGUUGUAGGGGGAAUCUCAGUAUAGAAUUUCUUAAUAAAUCAUACCUCCUUUCAAACAGAAUGGAUGCAUUAUUUCUCUUGUGUUACUGAGAUAUUAAGGGUAUCAAAGCAUAUAUGAUAUGGGCACAAGGUUGUCUUCUCUAAUGAAAGUACCAACUUGUUCACCAUCCCCAAAGCUAGACUGCAGAUGACACGAAACAAGUAAUAGAUAUUUAUUUAUGUACAUCCUUAUGUGAGAUUUACUCCUAUAGAAAAAGACAUGUCUUUAAAGUGAUUGCAGGGGAAAAAAAUAUUUAAUAGCUACAGGUUUCCAAGAGGGCGAGAUGUCAAUGUAGGAAGAACUUUACACAGUCAAAUGGAGCUCAGAGCCAGCUGUGUGCCAGUCUGCAGCACGAAGCCCUGACUUUCACUGAUAUCUGUGGCCAUGAGUAUUUGGUAUUUGGUACCAUCCAGCACCACAAAGAUGAACCCUUGUCUUGCCCUUUCAAUCAUUCUCUGUAGACUGAAAGCAAGAAAAAAAUAAAGGUACCAGAGAGACUCUUUAAUAGAUUAAACUUUCAAUUUCUAUAAAAAACAGCAGUUUGUGAAAUGAGAGUUCACCUUAAAAAGUAGGAGUAUGAGGAGGCAGGAGCUCAAGGUCUCUGGUCAGGUUUCCAGCAUAGGGACCAUCAUCAAAGAAGGACUGAAAUUCUUCGAACAUUUGGAAGAGCAUACAUCUGAAUUUAAUUAUCUAUUAAUGAAUGGGAAUUUAAUUCACUAGGAGACUAUGUAACAUAGCACUCUCAGUUAUGUUUGUGUAUCUUAUAUGUAGCUUGUCUAUUGUCUGUGGAGUUACACGGUUUACCUAAGUGCUGAGUAGUACCUAGCUACUUAAUUAAGGAAAGAAUAGUAUAAGUAGUUACUCCUGAGCAUAGAGAAUCACAGCUUCAGAAUCCACCAAGGCUGACUCUCCCAGAAAAGCGCAGCAAAAAAUAUUACUUCUGUGUAAGUGAAAUGUUAGGUCAAAGCAAAGGGUGAAAUAUUUCUCCACUGUCUAUUAGUAUAAGUUACGAUCAUUUUCAACUGUAAAAAUGCAAAAAGAAUUGCCAUUUUGGGAUCUCCAUCUUUGGCUGACGGAUAAAAAAAAAGAACUCCAAACCUUAGCAGCUCCACGGGCAUUUUGCCCAUUUCAAUUAUGUAAACUGUUGGCUGACUUAAAAGAUGCAGAAUGUCAUCCAAGGAGAUCAGUUCUGAUGUUGGUGUUAAUAAACUACGUAUGAGAAACAGCUAGGUGUAUCAUCUCUUCACCACCUCCAUUCCAAAUGAGCUAAUAAUCACAGAAAGCACUCUAUUAGAUCUUUACAAAUUCUUUCCAAUCAUUACCCUUAGAUUAUAUACUCACAGAAAUGAUUGCACAGUCACAACGUCGACACUGUUUCACACCACGGUUUAAGUCCUGAAUAUAUUUUGAACACAAAAAGACACCUCUGAUGACACCAUGAGGCACUACUUCAUUUGCAAGUCAGAAGCUUGUUGUGCCGUGCAGUCGAUUACUAGCAAGGAUUCUUAAUGGCAUGUUUGCUUCAAAUCUCUACAGAGGAUGCUGGUAGCUUCAACAGAGCUUGAUAGUUCUCUACUUUUCAUGUAUGCGGUGUGCUCGGUGUUGUUCGUCAUCACUACCUGUACUUGUUUCACAUGGGUUUUGUCACUUGUAGGGCUUUUUUAACAUUGCUCAUCCCUUGCAAUAUGGAAGAAUAGGAAACAUAAAGGAUCUUGUCAAUUGGUUUGGAUAGUCAACAGUCUUAUAAAAUCCUUUAUGGACAGUCCUGAAUUAAACCAAUUCAUUUUCUACACAGACCUAUAUGCUCUGUGUAUUUCAGAUAUUUGUUUCAAACCUGUGCAGCUGCAUGAAUGGAAAAUAUUUACUAAAAAGCUUUAAAGUUUGGAUCAAGAAAAAAUAUUUUUACUUUUGUAAACUCUUGUAUUACAUAUUGUUGCGGUUCUUAUUAUUUUUUUCUGUAGAUCCAUUUUUAGUUCUGAAAAAUCAUUGUAUUUAAACUAUGUAGAUAGCUACAAUCUUGUAAGCAGUCAUAUUUUUAAUAGGUGCCACUGCAAGUUAGAAUUAAAACAUUCAGGGUUUGCCCAGGUAGAGCAGAUUGAUGGUUCAUUACAGUUUUCUUUAAAAUGUUGUAACAUAAUUUUUACAUGUCUGUAAAUAAAUAUUUUCUCUGAUUUA